AUGGAGGUGGACGAGGCUCAUAUCUCUCUCCUGCCCCUACAACCUCUACCCAUUGUCCACGUCCCGGCGUCCUACGAUGACCACCGCGGCAAGCACACACCACUGUGCAUUGACAAUGGGUCCAGCAACCUGCGCUUCGGGUUCUGCACCUCCAACACACCGCGGUCUGGUAUCAACACGAUAGCGAAAUACAAGGAGCGCGGACAAACAAGCCGGAUUGAUAUCGAAGGAGGAGCGCGGUCGCAGGCGAAGUCGGCUUGGGAAGGGGACGUUUUGCUCAACUUCGACGCGUUGGAAAACGCGCUUGACUAUGCGUUUAUCCACCUGGGUAUCGACACCCCGAUGGUGGACCAUCCAAUUCUCAUGACCGAGCGACUGUCCUCGCCGCUGCAUUCACGAGCCCGUACCAUACUCCGUCCCCUCGUUGCGUUCUGCGUCGACUCCGUGAUGUCCUUCUACCACAACAACAUCCCCUCUCCCCCCGUACCCUUCCACGGCGACGGCCUUGUCGUCUCCUUCAACACCGCCUCAACAUCCGUCAUCCCCAUCCUCCACGGCAAAGGGCUCAUGAGCCACGCGAAGCGAAUCAACUGGGGAGCGUCCCAGCGACCGAGUACAUGCUCAAGCUCAUCCAGCUCAAGUACCCCACGUUCCCCAACAAAAUCGCCAACACCAACUGCAACGUACGUUCCCGUUCACGCUCCGGUGACGGAGGAGAAGACGGAGGAGGAGUUGGCGAGGAUCGCAGAGCGGAGGAGGGAGCAGGGGCGGAAGCUGCAGGAGCUGGCGGCGAAGUCGCGCAUGGAGAAGGUACCUUCUCCAAAAAGAGCAGACCUAGCGCACCUCGUCAGCGUGCGGGAGCGAAAGGACGAGGAGACGAAGCGAGAGUGGGCGGAGACAUUGAAAGAGGAGGGCUUCUCCAACGACGCCGCGCUCGACGGCACGAUCAAGAAGCUGGAGGCCGACCUCAAGAAGGCGCGGAGGAAGGAUGCGGACGGAGAGGAGCCGGAGGACGAGCCUCCAUCGUUCCCUCUGGUCGAUGUUCCCGACGAUGAGCUCGACGAGGAUAGUCUGAAGGAGAAGAAGAAACAGAAGCUCAUGAAGGCGGGCCACGAAGCGCGGGAGCGGGCCAAGCGCGAGAAGGAGCGCGAGCGCGAGGAGAUCGCCGCCGCGGAGAAGCGCGAGGGGGAAGAGCGCGACCGCGACCUGAGCGGGUGGUCUGCGAAGCUUCGGCGAGAGCAGGAGUCGCUCAUGACGCGCAUCAAGGAUCGCAACCGGCGGAAAGCCGCAUUGUUGGACCGGAAGAGCGCGGCUGCGCAGGCGAGGAUGAAGAACAUCGCGAAUUUGCGGCGGACGACCGGAUGCCGAAGAAGAGGAGGAAGGCAGCGGGCGGUGAAUCAACAACGCCGCGCCUCCUCGGACGAAGAAGACGACCUCGCGAACCUCGCCGCCGUCGAGCAGAAGCUCCUCCAGCACGACCCCACAUUCACCGAGGACCACACGCACGCCGCCCUCACAUCCCAACAAUCCGCCCUCAUGGAGGCCUUCAGACCGCGCUACGACGACGGCGACGUCCAGGGCAAGUCGCGCAUCCACCUGUCCGUCGAGCGCUGGCGCGUCCCCGAGGCCUGGUUCUCUCCCUCCAUGGCCGGCGUCGACUCCGCCGGGCUCGGGGAGGUUCUGCAGAACGUCCUCGCGCGCUUCCCCGAGCAAGACAAGGGCCGCCUCGUCCGCAACGUCUUCCUCACCGGGGGCCCGUCGCAGCUGCCCGGGCUCUCGGACCGCCUGCGGGCGACGCUGCGCCCGAUCCUGCCGCCGGAGAUGCCGCUGGAGAUCGUGCAGGCGGCGGACCCGGUGCUGGACGCGUGGCGCGGGAUGGCGGACUUCGCGCGGACGGAGGAGUUCAAGGGUGUGGGCGUGACGCGCGCGGAGUACGACGAGUGGGGCGGGGAGCGGGUGAAGCGGUGGUGGGGCGGGAACUGGAACUCGUCGGUGGCGAUGUAA